AUUUUAUUUUUUUAUUUUAGUUAUUUUUUAGCUUUGUUUUUCUUUUGUUUAAGUUUUCUUGAUUGAGAUCCAUUAAAGAGUUGUGUUAUAAUGUGUUUGGGUAUUUUAAGUAUGAGUUGUUAUGUUUCUUUAGGUGUUCAUGUUUGGUAUUCUUAUUUUAUUGUUUUAAUUUUUUUAAGUGGGGUUUUUUCUUUGUUGACUUAUUUUUGUAGAAUAUCUAAUUUUAGUUUUUAUUAUAAUUAUUUUUAUUUUUUUAUUAUUUUUGUUUUUGUUUUUUUCUUUUUAUUUUUUAUAAAUAUUGAUUUUUUUUAUUUUUAUUUUGAUUAUAAUUUUUUAAGUAUUUGUUAUAAUUUUAAUUAUUAUUUUAUUUUUUGGAUUAUUUUUAUUUUAUUUUUGUUAUUAAGAUUAGUAAGAUUAGUUUUUAAGAGA